AUGGGGCCCCCGGGCAAUAGGGGAUCAUGGGACCCCUGUGUUCUUGCCCAAACUCAAAAAAGCCUAUGAAAAAGGUAUAAGCAGGGUGUGUGGGGUAAAGCUGUGCGAAGGGACAUUUUCAGGCAUCAUUGCUUACGUGUGAAAUCUGUGAAUGAUCACAGAGCAGGGGCGGACUGACAACUCAUGGGGCCCCCGGGCAAUAGGAGAUCAUGUGGCCCCUGUGUCCUCACCCACACUCAAAAAACACCCAAAAAAAGCCUAUGAAAGGUACUAGGGGCAUCUCGUGGGGCCCCCUAAUGACCCUGGGCCCUCGGGCAGUGCCCGAGUACCCUAAUGGUCAGUCCGCC